UUUAUGAAAAAUAAAAAUCCUAGUUUUUUGUGAAUUUGAUGUGAAUUGUUGUGGUUUUAUUCUCAAGUUGCAUCGAAUAAUCCAACUUAAUCAUGGCCAACGACGAAGCAGCUAUAAAAUCGUAUCUAGCUAAAUACAAACACCGAGAUUUUACGACUCGAGAGGUCAUGUCUCUUAUCCAAGUUUAUCGUAGUCUUACCUACCGUUUAGAAGUCUUUGUAUUCAAUAAUGGUACAAGAAAGAAUCUUCUCAAUUUGGAGGGCACAAUACCAGUGACUUACAAAGGUGCAGUCUACAAUAUUCCCGUUUGUAUAUGGCUUAUGGAUACUCACCCUCAAAACGUACCUUUGUGUUUCGUCAAGCCAACAGCAGAUAUGACAAUAAGAGUUUCGAAAUAUGUCGACAGUAACGGGAAAGUGUACCUUCCAUAUUUACACGAAUGGAAUCCUAAUGGCUCCAAUUUAAUGAAACUUGUGCAAUCUAUGAUAGCUGCUUUUGGGGAGCUACCUCCUGUGUAUUCUAAACCUCGAAACGAAAUGCCGAUGCCAUAUCCUCCAACUUUUCCGACGACCUUUCCACAUCCUCAGUAUCCUAGUCAGCCGGGUCCAACGUUCAUGCCGCAUGUUAGACCCACAGCUGAAAUGCCCACAUACCCUAACUUUGGCUUGCCCUACCCACACCCGGGCACGGCUAAUGGAAGUCAGUUUCCAACUCCAGCAAAUCCUCUUCCAUAUCCAACAUUCAACUAUGGAUCUAGUCCCGAAGUUGCCGGAGGCACAAUUACAGAGGAGCAUAUAAAAGUAUCUUUGCUGUCUGCGGUCGAAGAUAAACUGAGAAGGCGUUUGAAUGAACAGUCUCAGCAGUCUCAAGCGGAACUGGAAACCUUACGUCGCACAGCACAAGAGCUACAGGAGGGUAAAAUGCGACUGGAGGAUAUUUUGGCCAGAUUACAAAAGGAGAGGAGUGAUUUAGACAAGAACAUAACCAUUUUACAAGAAAAAGAGAAGGAGCUUCAGUCAGCCGUGGAACGCUUAGGGGAACAGGAGGGAGUCGAUGUGGACGAAGCUGUCGUUACGACUGCACCUCUGUACACACAACUAAUGAACUCCUUUGCCGAGGAAGCCACACUAGAGGAUGCUAUCUACUAUAUGGGUGAGGCCUUACGUAAAGAGGUCAUUGAUCUUGACACAUUUUUGAAACAAGUACGUACUCUUGCACGUCGUCAGUUCACAUUGAGAGCUUUAAUGCAGAAAUGUCGGCAAAAGGCCCAGCUUGCAUGCUAAUUCUGCUAUUUUUUAAUGGACAGAUUGAACAAUUAUUUAAAUAAUAUCAAUAUUGUAUUAUAAAUUGUAAUACAAAUUACAAUAGAAAA